AUGCGUUUCUCUGCAACCGCCGCCAUCUCUGCGGCAGCUUUGCUGGCCGGAACUGUCAGUGCUGAUGCACAGUCUGUCAUCAGUGAAGCCAGCUCUUCUGUGUCCAGCGCCGCCAGCGAUGCUUCUUCUUCAGUAGCUUCAUCGUCGACAGCCUCUCUCCCAGAGCUCCCGACCUUCACUCCUACUAAGCUCAAGGCCGACUUCCUUGAGCAAUUCACAGACGAUUGGGAGGCCCGAUGGAAGCCAUCCCAUGCCAAGAAGGACACAAAGGGUUCUGACAAGGAUGAGGAAUGGGCAUAUGUCGGAGAAUGGGCUGUAGAAGAGCCCCAUGUCUACAAGGGCAUGGAGGGCGACAAGGGUCUUGUCGUCAAGAACGCUGCAGCUCAUCAUGCCAUCUCUGCCAAGUUCCCCAAGAAGAUUGAUAACAAGGGAAAGACACUCGUUGUCCAAUACGAAGUCAAGCUUCAAAAUGGUCUCGAAUGUGGUGGUGCUUAUUUGAAGCUCCUUCGUGACAACAAGGCUCUCCACCAGGACGAGUUCUCCAACGUCUCCCCUUAUGUUAUCAUGUUCGGUCCCGACAAGUGUGGUUCCACCAACAAGGUCCACCUGAUCAUCAACCACAAGAACCCCAAGACUGGCGAAUAUGAGGAGAAGCAUUUGCAAACUCCCCCGGCCGCCCGAAUUGUCAAGACUACCGAGCUCUACACCUUGAUCAUUCACCCCAACAACACCGCCAUCAUUAAGUUGAAUGGUGAGCAAGUCAAGGAGGCCAACCUUCUCGAGGACUUCACACCCGCCUUCAACCCACCCAAGGAGAUCGAUGACCCCAAGGACAAGAAACCUGAAGACUGGGUUGACACCGUCAGAAUCCCAGACCCAGAGGCCAAGAAGCCAGAGGACUGGGAUGAGGAUGCGCCAUUCGAGGUCGUCGACGAGGAGGCUACCAUGCCAGAGGACUGGUUGGAGAAGGAGCCCCUUACCAUUCCUGACCCAGAAGCUACGAAGCCCGAGGAUUGGGAUGAUGAGGAAGACGGAGACUGGGUCGCCCCAACUGUUUCCAACCCCAAGUGUGACGAUGUCUCUGGAUGUGGCCCAUGGACCAAGCCAAUGAAGUCGAACCCCGAGUACAAAGGAAAAUGGACCGCACCUAUGAUUGACAACCCAGAGUACAAAGGCGAAUGGGCACCAAGGAAGAUAAAGAACCCCGACUUCUUCGAAGACAAGCACCCCUCGAACUUGGAGCCUAUGGGCGCCAUUGGUUUUGAGAUCUGGACCAUGCAGAGCGAUAUUAUGUUCGACAACAUCUACAUUGGUCACUCCAUUGAAGACGCCGCGAAGUUCGCCGACGAGACCUUCAACGAGAAGCACCCCAUCGAGCAACUGGUCGAACUUGCCGAGAAGCCAAAGGUUGAAGACAGGCCCGAAGCCAAGUCACCCAACGACUUGGUCUUCCUUGACGACCCAAUCCACUACAUCAGAGAGAAGCUUGAUCUCUUCUUCGCUAUCGCCCAGAAUGACCCCGUCCAAGCAAUCAAGUUUGUUCCUGAAGCCGCCGCGGGUCUUGGUGCGGUUGCUGUUACUAUCAUCGCCAUCAUCGCCGGUAUCAUCACAAUGAGCGGUGGUUCUGCCGCUCCCCAAAAGGUCAAGAAGGUUGCAGGAGAUGCCAAGACUGCCGCAGCUGAUGCGAAGGAUAAGGUUGCGGAGGCGGUCUCUACUGGAGCUGAUUCCGCCAAGGAUGCUGUCAACAAGCGCUCUACCCGAAGCACUGGCUCUUAA